GCUUUAUAAACUUUGAUGGUCAGAUAUUCAUUGCCACCAUCACAAGGUCUCUGUCUCUCUGUGUUCCUUCAUCACAACUGUUUGGGCUGUCAUAAAGCUCCAUUAAUUCCUCUGUUUUGCGACAAAAAAUGGGUUACAAGCCAUCAGACAACAAGCCGAAGACAAAGCCAAAGCACAGAAAGGGGUUAUGGUCACCUGAAGAAGACCAGAGGCUCAGAAACUAUGUCAUCAAACAUGGACAUGGUUGCUGGAGCUCUGUCCCUGUCAAAGCUGAGGAAUGGGAAGAGCUGCAGAUUAAGGUGGAUUAAUUACUUAAGACCAGGAUUAAAGAGAGGGGUCUUUUCGUCACAAGAAGAGGAGACUAUCCUCAGCCUUCAUCGCAUGUUGGGUAACAAGUGGUCACAGAUUGCACAGCAUUUGCCUGGAAGAACAGAUAAUGAGAUAAAGAAUUACUGGCACUCCUAUCUUAAGAAGAAACUUCUCAAAGCUGAAGCUCAAUGCAGCCGUCCAAGCGCAGACCAUAUUAACACGGACUCUGCGAACAACAUUCAAGCUCUGACCUAUAAAUCACUUGAAAACGCAGGAAAAUCGGAUCAAUCAGUCAUGCAGCAGGGGUUUGGUACUCCCAAACCAAAGCUUUUAUUCGCUGAAUGGCUAACACUGGAUCAUGUUCAUGAUGGCAGCUUUUCAAAUUCAAGCGAACCGCCGGUGCCAGCGGUAAUUCAUAGGGAUUUGUUCGACAACUACUCGUGUUUCGAUGAUGGUAUAAUGCAAGACUAUCUCUUCAAUGAAGGAACAGGAUUAGCAUUGGAUGGGAAGUAUGAUGCCAAUGCUACUACUCCAAGUGAUGCAGAUGGUUCAAGUAGUGACAUGUUUGGUUCACUGCUCAAGUUUGAGGAUCAGAGUCCAGGGAGUGGGAGUGACCAGCUUAUUGAUUUCAACUCUGGACAUGAUAUUUGUAGUCAAUUUAACAUGAACAACGAUGUGAUGUACAUAUGAGGACAUCUUUCCAAAAGGAAAAGGAAGAAUAAUUAGAUUUCUGCAUGUAAA